AUCCGGAGGAUACAAUGUUCACUAAACUCUUUCAGCAGUGGAGUUUCGCAGUGUUUCUGCUGAGUUAUACCGUGCCCUCUUACGGGAGAUCAGUAGAGGGGAUCAGCCGCAGACUCAAACGGGCUGUAUCAGAGCACCAGCUAUUACAUGACAAGGGCAAGUCAAUCCAAGACUUACGAAGAAGAAUAUUCCUUCAAAAUUUAAUUGAAGGUGUCAACACUGCCGAAAUCCGUGCAACUUCUGAGGUUUCUCCUAACCCUAAGCCUGCUACCAACACAAAGAACUACCCUGUCCGAUUUGGCAGUGAAGAUGAGGGCAGAUACCUAACUCAGGAGACAAACAAAUCACAGACAUACAAGGAGCAGCCCCUGAAGGCAUCGGGGAAGAAAAAGAAAGCAAAACCUGGAAAACGUAAGGAACAAGAGAAGAAAAAGAGGCGAGCCCGCUCAGCCUGGCUAAAUUCUGGCAUGUAUGGAAGUGGCACGACCGAGAGUCCACUCUUGGAAAACUCUGUUACUACACAUAAUCACACUUUAAGGUACUUCUGCUAUAUCCUUUUGGGGGGCAUACCAUAUAUUUACUGAAAUUGUUAUCCUUCAAGGCUUCACUCAAACCUAGAGUAAUAGCACAUUUUUAUGGUCAUAACUGGACAGUGACUUUUCAAGCAGUGUACAGUCCCAAGGUGCUUUCUGGAGGUAAGUAAGUACCCUUUCCACUU